CAUAGUGAUCACAGAGCUGUUGGUUCAAAUGGACUCAACUAUGAAGAGCAGAGACACAAUGGAGAGAGGCACGGCUCGGACACACUGCUAAAAGACUUAUGUGUAUCACUCACACCGUUCGGCUGUGUUAAAAUCGGAGACUCUGAACAGACUGGAUGGUCUUUUUUCUUUUAUUUUUGAAACUCUCUUAGCGAGAUUGCAUUUGGAUAUUAAGUUGCAUCGCAUAAAAGGUAAGGUUCAGAGUGAUCAUGGCUUUUUUUCUGGUUUGAUUCAAGCUUCAUUUUUAAGAAACAGCUUACACAGGUUUAAGAUCGGACUUCGAGGUCCAGUUAAUAUUCACAAAAAGAAGAACGGUACAUUUGUUAAUGAUUUUCCCAUAUAGCCUUAGGAAGUAUAUUUAAUUUUAUUUUGUUUUUUUGCUGCUGUAACAUGAGAAUUUCCCAGUUUGGGAUCAAUAAAGUAUAUCUAUCUAUCUAUCUAUCUAUCUAUCUAUCUAUCUAUCUAUCUAUCUAUCUAUCUAAACAAACUAUAUUUACUGAAAAGUCUCUGUUUGGUGUGAGAAUCAUGUAACCUACAUCUGAAAGGCUUUUAGUGUCAACUUGCAUUAAAGGAAACAGACAAACAAUGCCAGCACCAUCCUCCCUAAUAUCUGUUUUUUUUUCCUCCUAGCAACAUUUGUUGUUGUUGUUAUUGUUUACCGCCCAUGUGAGUCUAUAAUUAACUUGGCUGUCAGACACUAACACAAGUUACUCACGAGCACCUGUGAUGGGACUGUGGUUUGGUUGCACAGCAUGUCUUUUUCACAGUCAGCUUUUACUUUUACUGUGUUAUGACUCAGUCAGAAACCCAUAAUGUAGACCAGGCAUGGUGGCCUGGUGUGUACUGUGCAUGUGUGUCUAUGUGUAUGUGUGUGUAUGUGUGUGUGUGUGAGGGAGGAUUGAACAGAUUGUGUAUGCCUCUGUGGGGAAAAGAAAAAAGAGUGAGAGAACGUGUGUGUUCUUCGGGCCAAAAUAGACUCUCAAAAGCUUUAUUCCCUCAUCACACCGCUAUUUAAAACAACAGUCCCUUACCUUGCUGAAAGAAUGGACUCCAUUUCCCCCUUUCUCUGCAAGCUAGUGAGACUUUAGUGCAAAUGAAUCUCAAAUUAAAUGGUUUGGCCAACUAAAAGGUUGCCUGAGGAGCAUGAGCAGAAUUUGUGUCUCUUAGUGGCUUAAAACAAUCCAACUGAGUUGUUUGUUAAACUUUAUUUUUAUAUCUUAUCUCUGAAACAAUGCUUUUUGUGCAGUGAGUCAGUGGUUUUUCAGAUCUAUAGAGUUAAAGACAAUGGAUUAUGAACAAGCUCAGGUUUGUAAUAUGACAGCAGUGCAAGAGAUAAAGAGUCUUUAUCCUUUGAGGCUCUAGGUUAAUACUGUACUGGCCUAUUAGAUCAUACAAGAGACAGGUGUGUGCCCCUUUGCACUUCAACCCUAUGAGUUUGUGUGUGUGUGUGUUUUGACCCUACACACGAUGAAAGACAUGCUUGAAUGCAGAGGAAUAAGAGAUAAAACAGCACCACAUGCAGUAUCUUUGCAGUAUCAGGUUGAGUUGCAGGUGCAGGUUUCUAAACUGGUCAGUGGGUCUUUGAGUCUGGUGUUUUGACAGUGGCUGUGCUGUAGGCCUUAUCUGACCCAAACACUUACUCGAGCAUGAGCAGAACAGUUGAUUCGAGCUCUGUGAUAUUUGGCUCUUCAGCUGAUGGCAUUUGGUGUCUAGCAGUUAUGAUUUAGUCUCUUGUUUGUCUUAUCUCAGAUGUGAAAUCAGAAGUGCAUAUUGUAAAAAGUGAAAGUAUGGUUUGAAUAAAGUGGCCCUACCCAUAAAACUCCACAGAAAAGAUAUGUUGGAUCACUUUCGGUUAGAGUUCAAGGAUAUUAAUCGUCUCUCUCAUCAUUAUAUGUUACACAAUGCGAAACCAUAAAACAGUUAUCAUACUUAACACACUCUAAAACACAAUCCUGGGCCAUGUUGUUGCAGAGAACUAACAGUAAUACAGCGCCCUGCAGGAGUGGGAAAAUAAACAAACUUCCUCUUAACAGGCAAAAAACAAAAUCACAACACCAUGACUGGAUGGGCCAAGAAAGAGGACAGAACUUUUCUGUUCUCAGUCACUGGAGAGGAAAUGUGAAGAGUUGUAUUCCAGUUUGGAUGGUUAACUGAGAAAAAUAAUUCAAUGUUUAAAGUUUCUUUUGUCAAUUUGAUUUAUCAGUCAUGAAAGCUUCAGUAUUUACUUGGAUUUGCUUGUUUGUUGAACAAAAAUAUAGACGAGCUGAAACAGCAGAAUCAAGGCGUCACAGUGAGAAAAGUGACUUAGUGGGAGGAGUGAAGGACACUAGUGAGACAUAUUUGAGAUACUGGAUGAAGCCAAGAUGGUUCCUGCUCUACUCACUGACAUAGAUUCAGCUGAUAUUGUCUGAAUGGCACUGGUCAAAGAUAGUCACUGUAAAUAGUAAAGUCAAGUUUUGGAGAGGAUUCUUCUGAGCAGCACUGAGGAGAAGAAGCUUUGUGCCUCUAAAACACACAGACUAAUGACUGUUUUUCUUUGGCCACAAGUGCUUUCUGCUCUGACGUCUUUCUACAUGUAUUGUAUUGUCAUGAACAGGAGUUAACCAAACUGUUCAGACUGCAGCCUUGACCAAAGCACGAGUAUGUGAUCCAACCACAAGUUGGACUUUGACCUAAUUUAUUAUUACAAAGACAGCUGACAGGGAAGGGUUUCCUUCAGGCUGCUGCUAACUUGCUUAUACUGCAACUUAUUAGAGUCAAAGUACAUGCAGUACAGCCUCGCAGAGAUAGUAGGACGCAACUUUGGCCUGUAAUUACUUUGAUAAAUAGAUUUAGUGGUGGUGUUAUCAGGUGCUUUUCUGCACCAUGUGUUCACAUUGUGUUAUCUUAACACAAUCUAGUUCAUUGGAAGAGUUGUAGCAGUUAACCGCAUGAACUUUUGUCAGAGGUCAGGGAACAUGUGCGUGAUCACUGUGGUAACUUAGCUUCAAAUUAGGUCAAUUUACAUUGACCAAGUUACAUGAAGAGUGCCUGCACAGCCUAACAUGUGAUUAUACUGUGAUGCUCUAUAGUCUGAUAUUUGUAGUAUGCAUUUAGUCCCAGUUAAACUAGAACCUAAUGAGACUUGAUGCUUUUCUAAAACUCCUCCAGCCACGUGCAGCUGUAUCUGCUUAUGUCAAUAUGCAAGUUUCAAUAUGCCUCUUAAACACAGAUUUACAAACCUUUAUUGCACUUGUGUGGUUUUUAUGGCACAUGACUUCAGCGUAGAUGAUGCCUAUCAAGGUAAUACGUGUUCAUGCCUUGCAGAAGAAUGACAAAGUCUGCUUUACUUUGUCUGAUGGUCUAAUGUGAAUAUGAUCCCAGUAUCGGUCUGUACGGCGGCAGGGCGUCAUACCGCCUGACGACGGCAAGCAGAGUGUGUGAAAGCUGCUGUGUGUGUCUGAUCUGCUCUGAUCUGCUCUGAUCUCUUCCUGGGGGUCUUUGUUUGGUUGUUAAUGCCAUGACAGGAUAGAUAAUACCUCCAUUGUUGAAGACCUCCCCCUGGUUCUCCCCCUCUCGUUAUUACCGGCCCCGGCAGAGCUGGGUGUCUCUUUUUUUUUUAACCACAUUAUGUGAGUUAAAAAAAAAGAUAGCCUGCUGCCCAAGGUUGAAAUGCUUGGGUUGUUUGUUACUUCUCUGGAACCAACUGGAGCAAAAUGAGUCUUAAAUCUUCAGCACUUUCCCAUCAAAAACCUCUGUGCGUCAAAAACCCGGCCCCCACGGAUCACGCUCAAUGAAACCACACAGUUGUGUUGUCCUUCAUAAGCAGUUCAUUAGUUUACAUCAAUAAGUAGAUAGUAUUUGCCUGCAGCUCUGUCAAACAUUCAAACAGUGGUAACCUUCUGAUGAACCAGUGAAUGUGUAAACCUUGUGCCUGUGCUUAUCCUCUUGUAUUGUUGGGGCAACAUAAAAAAAAAAACACGUCUGCCUGCUCUUACCACAUCCAGCCGUUUUGUAAGGCUGCAAAUUUUCAGAGUUUACAAACAAGAGAAUUCAAACAAUGCUUUCAAUAUGAAAUUAUGUUUUCAACAUCAUCAUUAAGUCGUCUAUGGAGAGUGCAACCUAUGAUUUAGAAAGGGUAAAAUUUCAUCCCUCCAGCACGAAAGCCACAACCAUUCAAAGGUCAACUUUUCAGGGAUCCGGCCUGGAAAACCCAAGACUGGAGUUCAGUUUGUGUCUUGUUUUUGUUUUACUGUAGGCUUCACUUCAGACUAAAGCUUGGAAACGAGGAAAAACUGCAUCCAAACAGUGGAAGUCUUAUCUCAACUUGACCACCAGAGCUGCGCUUCUUCAGAUUACAUACUGUAGCUUCAGGAGGCUAAAGCCCCUGUAAUCUUUUAACCAAGUUAGAGGAAAACAGCAGGCCCAGAUCACAGAGUUCAGAGGACAGGCUGGCACUGGACUGGCUUACACUGGCAUGACUCCAGGCACUGUGGUAUACAAGAGAGAGUGUGUGUCGCUCAGGCCGUCAUUUGUUUAUGUGUGACAUGUGUGUGUGUGUGUUUGGAUUAUACCAGCAUGGGGCUUGGCGCCAUGGUGGACAAGGGUGUGUGUUUACGUGCGUAAGAUGUUGGCUCAUGCAGACACUCCUCUAUCUGAGCUGUGAUGGACAAACAAAAGUCUGCUGGAUUCCUGCAGGGUUUGGUUUUCUGGCACAGUGUACUACGUGUGUGUGUAUAUGUCGCUGUGUGAGGUGUGUGUAUGUGUGUGAGUGAGUGGCUUGAUGUCAGCUGGCAUGAGGUUUCACGACAGAUAACCGUAGCAGGAUAAAGAUGGCUCCUUGGUUAAAGCACGCCUUGUUGGUGAUUUGGUAUCAGCUUACCUUCCUCUGAUCCAGUGAUCCACACCAUUAAGACGAAAGAUCUUUGAUUCGCUGCAUUCAUCCAUCUGUUCGCCAAAGUAUGUCCCUUAUGCUGACCAUAUGCCAAAAAAUAGCUUGAAGAAUUGGCAGAGGUGUAAAGAGAAAAAGCGAAGGGGGAGAAACUGAGAGGGUUUUUUUUUUAUUUUUUUGAAGCUUAUUUGUAAAAGAAAAGCAACAACAAAUAACUUAAAAGGAAAGUUAAUUUCACAGGAGGUAUCUCUCUGCAGUUCUAAACCCUCAUGGUAAACAGAGGAGGGGUGAAAUUAUGUGAUUUAGCGUAAUUAUUACCUUUACAGACACAUCUAAGUCUCUGCUUUACAGGAUGGAGUGCUGCAAACAGAGAUUCUCACAUGAACACACCAAAAGCACAUAAGGCACAGCCCCCAGACUAGUGUGGGUGUGUGUCUCUGUGAGCCUCAUCUCAGCAGAAAGAACUAUGUUUAUCCACAGCCCAUGCUUAACUUGGAGGCACUCAUGUUUUCAAACGGUUUAGUAUGUCAGUGUAAUCCUUUCUUGUAAGUGGAAUAACAAAAAAAUAACCCUGUAACUUUUCAUUUAUACCAAUAUAGAGCUAAAUAACUUGAGAAAGUACUUUAAGACAUAAUAUAGAUUUAGUUUUAAGUUCUACAAUCACACCUUUGCUAACCGAGCAUUGACGCUUUGUUACGUUUUUCUCAAUUUUGACUAAGAUGAUCUAACAAUGACUCAGGUUGCCGACUUUCUGUCUGCAAGAAAUGUGUAUUUGAUCUUCAGUUUGACCGAAACAGUGUUGUUUUGUAUGUUUUCAUUAAUGAACCUUCCUUUGUCCCUAAAUUGAUCAUAGAACGAAAUAAAAACGGCACAUUUGGUGAUAAUUGUGAAUAGUCAAAAGGUAUUUUCACACUCAGUCACUCAAAGAAAGAAAUAUUAUCAUUGGAAAAAAAAUAUUCUGCUCUUAACUUUGGGUCCCCUUAGACCCUUGAUAGGCCUCUGGCAGUCCCUGGUCCCUGUGUUGAGUUCUAAUAAACCUCAUAAUAAACGAUGAGAUUCGUGAGUGGGAUGUUUCCCACUGCUCUUGACAGGUUUGAGGAAUCAUUGUGUUGUGACUAACAGCGUCCUUCAGGUCCCAAGUACAAGUACCUGAGUUGUAAGGGGACCUGAAACUGAUAGUAAUGGGAUAGUAAUGAGAUAAAAAAACUAUCUAAGUGAAGUAUUUCUUUUAAUGGAAAUGACAUUAAGAAGACUUGGGAUGAAUUUGAUUCCUGUUGCUCACUCUCUACCCCCUUGUUUUGUCUUUCCUUCAGUUCACCAUGCCACCCACCACUCCAUAUGCCGGGAAGUUCAGCUCCUGUGCUCCCUACAACAACAACAACACUCACCCUCAGUCUCACAGCCCGUACCGCAAUGGCACCGCCCCUAAACCAGCGAAGGAAAACAUCUACAACGGCACCUACACCUCAGCAGAAAACCCCUACGACAUACCGCAGCCUCACAGCUCGUACCGCAGCUCCUCCGUCUCUUCCGUGACGGCCAGGGAGCAUCAUUACAAGAGCAGCUGCGCCGUGUCGGAGAACCCGUACACCUCGCCGCAACAUAACAGCCCGCUACAGCACAGCACUUCCUGUCCCGGACGGGCGUACCGUCACACUAGCAGCAGCAGUGGCAGCGAACAGUCUUGUCGGAACAACUCCAUAACAGCGAAAGGGCGGCUUUACAACCACAGCAUCACGGCCAGCUAUGGAGAAAUGUGUUACCAUGACAACAGUUUGGUUUCAGCAUCCCUAGAGGCGCUGAUCCAGCACCUGGUUCCCACAGUGGACUACUACCCUGACGUAAGCACCAAUCACCCGCUCUAACUUCAUUUUCACGUUGUUUAGUAGUUGUUAUCAAACUUUUCUGCCAUGAGUUUGAAGUUUUUUUUUCCCUCCUCAUCUUCAGAGGUCAUAUGUGUUCACUUUCCUGCUGAGUUCACGCCUUUUCCUGCACCCCUACGAGCUCAUGACGAGGGUUUGUCACCUGUGUGUGGAGCAGCAGCGGUCCGGAGACACCCUGCUGGAUAAGGUGGGAGGAUAACCCACUCAUAGUAGACACAUAACACACAAGCUUCUGUGGACAGGGGUGUAAAAAUAAAACUCACUCACACUCAUACCCACACUAACUCACCCACCUUAACACUGUUACACUCUCUCACCCACAUGCUCAGAAACCAACAUCUGAAGGUCUUUUUUCAGAAUAAGUAUUAUUGACUCUUUCAUUAGGAAAAACUUCCAGAGAUGUGGAGCAGGUAGAAUCUUCACCAGGGAAAUAAGAAUGACAAGGACACAUGUAAUGGUGGCAAUAAAGUAAAAGGAUUCAGCAAAGAAAAGAAGUGUUUAUUCUCAGAAAGACAAACACAUCAGAGUAGUCGCUGUAAAUAAAAAGAUGAAUGGGUUUAUUUAGGUUUUGUCACAAAUAUGAUAUUCAACCGCACAACUUUAUCGACUCUGAUCAACCUUUUCUGAUGUUUCUCAGAUCCGUUUCCGUGAGGUCGCACCGAAGCUGGUGCAGCUGCUGACCGAGUGGACGGAGACGUUUCCUUAUGACUUUAGGGAUGAGAGGAUGAUGCGCUGCCUCAAGGAUAUGACGCAGCAUGUGGCCCGAGGGGAUGAGGUUAGUAUGAUAUAAUAAUUUUUUUAACUCGUCUUAAACCCAUUUUUAUUCAUUGGCUUUCAACUCUGCCUGAGACUCAGCUCCUGUUUUAGUGUUUUAUGGUUUGUUUUUAGUUGUUUGUUUUUAUGUUUUUAAAUUAGUUUUUAAAAACAUUGAAACCAUAUUUUACUUUUUAAUGCUUUUAUUUUAUCCAUUGUUUUAAUUCUUUUUUGAUUGUUUUUUAUGUCUGUGUUGUUUUGUCUAUUUAUGUACAGCACUUUGUUCAGCUGUGAGACACACUGGAAAGAGUUGAGGACUCUUUUUUUAAGAUAUGGUGUCAGGUAAUAGCAAGUUGAGUUGAGUUGAGUAUAAUAUCUAAUGUAGUUGAGGGACACACUGGAAAGAGUUCCCGGUGUAAUCGCUUUUCAUUUGAAAGGCUUCGUAUCAACUUCGGAUGUAAAGAAAGAAAUGUACUCCUAGUAUAUUUGCUUUUAUUUUGAAAGGCCUCAAACAACUUCAGGUCCGCUCAGUGGAGGUGGGUCCUGUCAGUGGAGGUCUGCAGCCGGACCUCCUCUUGUUUUUACUGGCCAAUAUUCAGCACACUGACACACCUUGGAUGAUUAGAGGAGGCGUAGCUAUUCUGUAGGAUUUCCCCACACCCAGGCCAAGUAAGGCCUUCCUGGUUCAGCCAUCCUAUAAAUCUUUACAUAAAUGGCAUAAAGUGGUUGGAGUUCAACUGUCUACCAAGGCAAUCUCACAACAGUCAUGAUUUAUUAGCAGGCAGGCAAUGCAAUGUAAGUUGGUCAACACUACAAAGGUUUCUCUGAAAUUGGAAACGGACUUUUACAGUCCUCCCUAAGAUAGAGAAUUCAGUCAUUUCUUACAUUUAGAAAGUCUUUACACUUAAUUUACUUCCCUGUUCUCUAGUUAAAGACCAAAUACUCACAAAGCUUAUAUUCCCGUUAGCCUUAGCUUUAGCUUGUUGUUAAAGUGUUAGCAUUUACACUUCAAACCAAGACAAAACUAAACCGAGAGGAUGAAUAGAGUGAAUUUUUUUAAUACUCAUGAUUUAGAGAUCUGCACUGACAUUCUUUGCAUGUUAGCGUGAUACAUAAGACGCUUCAGAGAUCUGCUAGCAUGACUGUCGGUUUUUAGUUGUUGUCAGUGAAGAACAUGUUUGUUGUUUCUGCUCCUGAGCCCCAGUUAAAUUUUUGUUUUUUUGCUUCCAGUACUCCUGGCGAGCCAUGCAGCAGAUGACCCAGCGACUGAUCAAGCGCCUCUCUGCCCUCGGCCAGUACGAGGAGGCCAUUGCUGCGCUAAAUGCAGCAGCGCUGGAGCGUCCCGCUUCUCUGAAAAGCAAACAGGCCUCAGGACAGCGCACUGACGUCAUGAGCGUGUGUGAUGACCCUUUUAUCUUGGCCCAGCAGCUCACACACAUUGAACUGGUAAGGAGUUAAAUAGGUUAAGAUCUGGUAGUCUUGCUGUGUAACCAUAGAUGUGUGUCUGUUAUGAAACUCGCCUGAAGGCCUUUGUUACUAAAUAUAGAGAAGCAUUUCAUUUGACUCUCUAAAAGCAAUAUUUAAAAACCAUUUACAACCAUAAGGAAGAGGUUGAGCUUCUAAAUAGCCUCUUUUCUCUCUGUUCCUUUCCUGUGUUAUUUCUUGGUUAUGUUAUUUUGUCAUUAACUCUUUGUGUGGUCUGUUUGUUGCUUUGGCGCUUUUAAAGUCAAUUAAAUCUGUCGUUUAAUAGAAGAAUAAAAAGCUUUCAUGUGUUUUUCUAAUUGCUCUAUUCUUAAACACAGUUUAAAAGCACAAUGUUUUAAUUUUAUCUUUAACUUUAAUCUUUAACUUGACUGUUUUUUCUUUCUGCUUCUUGUCCUUGUUUGUUUUCUUUUUUAUCACAUUUUUUCCUUUCUGAUCAUUUGAAAAAUCAAUCCCUGGUAUUAUUGAUCUGAUUGUUUUCUGUGCUCUGCUCUCUGCCAUCAGGACAGACUGAGUUUUAUCGGCCCUGAGGAGUUUAUCCAGACGUUUGCCAUGAAGGAUCCUCUGGAGAACCAUAAGGUAUGACUGAGUUUGAAUAAACAAAUGUUAUUUCUUUCUCAUCAGUUUCCAGCUUGUUUUCAGAGUCUGCAGCUUACUAUACUAAGGUUUUUGUCCUAUCUAGAUAAUAGGGGUGUCCCGAUACAACUUUUUUACUUCCGAUACGAUACCGAUAUUGUAGCCUUCAGUAUCAGCCAAUACCGAUAUUGAUCUGAUAUUGUCAAAAUUUGUGCAUGGCAAGUUUUGCACUCAGCUGCAAUGUCUUUCUCGGACUUUAACGAAAAAUACUGCCACACGGCCGACAUCACUCCUACUCUUUGGUACUUGUUAGUACCUUAGUACACGCUGUUGUUGUGAUCACGUGGACUCUGCAUGCUGGAUCCGGGUGCUGUUAGCUAGAGGUGCGGGAGUGGAGUCUGGAAUGGACUGCUUGUAUUGGAGUGCUGAUAUCGGAGAUUUUAGAUGUAGGCCGAUAUGAUCCGAUAUUUGUUUUUUGGCUGAUAUCGGACCGAUAUCAAUAUCGCAUCGGGACAGCCCUAGUAGAUAACAAUUUUGCACAACACCUCGACAUUUGCCACAAUUUCAUCAGUGAAAUAAAAAACCUUUUUUUUGCCCUUAUUUACAUUUUGCUUCUUUCCUCUAUGUUAGAAUUUUAAGUUUGAGUUUAGAAGGUUUAAAGUAUAAGAAUUGUACAGAAAAGUGCUUAACAGAAAUUGAUCUAUAUCAUUUGAUUCUAUUUUAUGAAGUUUGUGGUUGUAGUUAAACCUAAAGAUAGUUUAGGAAUCCAGCUGCAGUCAUGUUUGAGGUUACCAACACUAAAGAGAUGACUGUAAAAACCCAGAUUACAGCCAUUUUAAAGUCAUCCUUAAUUGUUUUGAUUUCAAGCGUCUUCAUCUCGGUCUGCUUUGAGUGAAAUGUGUGGUCGGCCUCCAUUCAAGUUAAUUUGCUUUUGAAGCCACAUGUAAGAUCCGACCGGUAGAUGAGGGAGAAUAUAGCUUUUUAAAAUACAUCAAACGCCGUAUGAAAGAGCUUCUCUGCAUAUGUCUAAGUGUAUCUGAAGGGCUCUUUUCCUUCUAAGUGGUCCUGUGAGUCACAUGAAGGGUCCCUUUCAAUCAGUGCUGCUGAGAACAAGCUUUCAGCCACUGCUUGUGGCCAUGCUGCACCUCGGCCCUCACCGGUGCUGCGUCAGUUAUAUAAGACCCACUUUGUAUAAAAGAGCGGUUGAGUCAGCGUAAGGGGUCCUGAAGUGUAGUGGGGAAGUUAGAAGUGGAGUGGGCUGUCGGUGUUGUGUAAGCAUUUAAUAGAGCUAUGAAUCUCUGGGAUUACAUCAUCACAGCCAAGUCAAGGUUAUUUAUACAGCACUUUUAUAAUGUUUAUUUAUAUAAAAGUUCCUGCGGCGAACAGGUUGGUUCAACACUCAGUGUCUCACAAUAAACCUGAAGCAGAUGUAAAUCGGAUGAAAAUAAAAACAGACACGUCACAGACUCCUCUCUGUAGAUCCACAGGUUGUGUGGGUGGGAAGGACAUCGAGAUCCAUUUGCAAAGGAAAUGAAGGCGUUUUUGUGUUUCUUUUUUUAACUCUGAAGAAAUUGAUGACAGUUGAUUUCUUUCACCCAAUCAUAGAGCAGCUUUUUUUUUAAUGUGUUGAUGUAAACACUGAGCAGUGGAAAAAACACUCUCAGAACAAACGUGAAAUAAAGCAGGUCCACUGAAGUGCUUUCUGCUGAGCUUUUUUAUCGGCCAAGAAAGCCUUUUCCAUUAUUGGAGUUUGCUUAGUAUUUGUUUUUUUCUUUUUCCUUUCUUGUUCUUGGCUGUGAAAUAUACAAAAGAGGAUUAGGGCCACAUGAAGAGUAAAAAAUAAGAUACUAAAGUCGAAAUCAUGUCAAUAAAGUCGGAAUUUUGAGAUUACAAAAUGUUGAAAUGUUGAGAUUGAAGUUGAAACUUUGAGAUUAAAGUCGACAUGAAUCAAGUCAAAAUUUCACCUUUUUAAAUUUUGACUUUAAUCUUGAAAUUUCAACUUUAAUCUUGAAAUGGAAAUUAAAAAAAUCUCCCUCCUGUAAUUAUUUUUUCUCUUCCUGUGGCACUAAUCCUCUUUCGUAGAAAUAACAGUUGUACAUUUGUGUUUUUGUUUGCUUCUCUGUCUGUUUUUUUAUUUUAAAUCUUGGUGUUGCAUCGGCUCAGACACGUAACCUCUUUUAUCAGAUUUUAGUCCCUGAAAAUGUUAAAUCCUGACAGAAAGAUGAUAACCCUGAGUAAUACAAAAAUAGUUCCCUUUUCUUCUGCACUCUUUCAUGCGUUUUGACCAUCCAUGUUCCCUUCUUUGGAUUUUCAGGGUUUCUUCCGUAAACGUAAAACCAGUAACCUGGAGGCCUACGUCAACUGGUUCAACAGGCUGAGUUACCUGGUGGCCACUGAGAUCUGUAUGGUACGUUCAGAAAUCCACCCCUGCUUCACACACAGAGGUCUUUUUGUUUAUUUGGAGGUUUCAGCUUCCCCCUUUGUCCCUGCUGAAGUCUGCAAAAUGUAGUUCCAGUCAGCCACUUCGGCGUAGAAAUAAAUCAUUUUGAAUUAAGGGAUGAUUGAGUCUGCAGAAUAAACAAUAUUACGCCUCUUUGUGUGUGUGCCCACACUGUUCCAAAAACAUAUAUUUAAAACUAUGUAGGUCAAACUGUGACCAUUUUUCACGGUCAGCAUCCACAAAGUCUUUGGUUCACUUCCUGUUGUGUAAUCUCAUUACAGCCGGUGAAGAAGAAACACAGAGCGCGGAUCAUAGAGUUCUUCAUAGAUGUGGCUCAGGAGUGUUUCAACAUUGGCAACUUCAACUCCCUCAUGGCUAUCAUCAGUGAGUAUUCAACAAAGAAACACAGAGACGCUCAUUCUUUGUUGUGGGGCGAAAUUACCCAAGAGGCAACGUUUCCUGAUACAUCUAACAAGAUAACGUGCCAAUAACUGAGCUUCAUAUUUAUAAACAGUCUCAUUAUCUUCCAGUAAAUCAGGACUAUUUUUCACUUUAUGAUUAUUUUUACCACUGUGUUUUUUCUUAUUUCUGCUUGACCCUUUGUGUUGUCCAGAAACCCAUAAUUCAAUUCAAUAAAGUCAACAAACAUGUAGCUCACCAAAUCUGAGUUGACACUGGACACUUUGAGCAAGAAUAAAUCGAGUUAGUGGAGGCUUGAAGCCGUCCAGACUGCUGCUCUUCUUCUGUCUCUCUCGCUCUCUGCGAAUCGCCUGUAAACUCGUUCUUUCUCUGAAUUUCAGCCGGCAUGAACAUGAGUCCUGUUUCCAGACUGAAGAAAACCUGGAGUAAAGUCAACACUGACAAGUUUGAAAUCCUGGAGGUGAGGAUUAAGAUUUUACGUUUUAAUCCUGUGUUGUUUUGUUUCCAGUUCCUUCUCAGUUUGGGAGUUUCCCAUCUCUUCAUGCCUGUGUGUUUAUUCUGUGAUCUUCAACCUCAGUGUUGUCUGCUCUUUCAGCACCAGAUGGACCCAUCGAGUAACUUCAGUAAUUACCGUACUGCGCUCCGUGGCGCCACCCAGAGGUCUGAAACUGCUCACAGCAGCCAGGAGAAGGUAAGAGUGCUUGCUUGGCCCUACAUGAAAAAAAGAAGAGCGGACACUGUCAGUUUUUCAGAUUAAGAGAGCCAUCAUGACCUCUUCCUUUGUGUCUUUCCUCUAGAUUGUGAUUCCUUUCUUCAGUCUGCUCAUUAAAGACAUCUACUUCCUGAAUGAAGGCUGUGCCAGCAGGCUGACCAACGGACACAUCAACUUUGAGGUCAGUUUCAUCUCCAUGUCCAGAAUCUGAAAAAUAACACAGAGUUUACUCAUUUAAACUGAGAAUAAACAAACAUGGCAGCAUCAGUACAAAUUGGUCACUAUGAAAUUAUAAGGAGGACAAAUAGAAGGAAAAGAGACCGUCUCCUAUUAUGUCAUGACUCCCCCUUGUGGUUGUGUAAAGAAUUGCAUUUGCAUGAGAUCUGUUUUAUUGUAAUCUUCAUGUUUUUGAGGUAUUGAGAUGUUCUGAGUUUAUAUCUAAAUCCGUUGUCAAUGUCUCCCAACAGAAACUUUGGGAACUUGCAAAGCAGGUGAGCGAGUUCCUGGUUUGGCGUCAGGUGGUAUGUCCGUUUGAAAGAGACCGUCGGAUCCUCCAGUGCCUCGUCACCACGCCUGUCUUCACAGAAGAUGGUCAGUAUACUUUCCUGUUUAUCUGGUCGUCACGUUGAGACUGCAACCGUCAGAACACAUCUAAGUGAGACUUUUUCAUUACUUCAGAGCUGCAUUUGGCCUCCUAUGAAAGUGAAGGACCUGAGAACAACAUGGAGAAAGACAGUCGAAGGUCGCUCAGGUGGGUCAACACUCAAAUACUCAAAACAGUUGAGACUAUGACACAUGAUAGAUCCACUAACAUUAUACUUCUGUUCUGUUUGACAGAUCUUCUCUUCUGCACAGAGAGAAUCGUUCAUAAGAAAAGACAAUCUCCUUCGCUCUACAGACUGUAAAUAAACGAGGUGUCUGAAGCUCGACAGUAUCUUAUGGAAUAGACUUUUAUUCUACACUCCUGGGUGACUUAAAUGCUGAUGUACAGGAUGACAAACACGGCUCAAACUUCAAUUCAUUGCUCUGAGUUCUCAAUGAUUUAUAAAUCGGACGUUAAGAAUCGUCAAGUGCCAAAGUUCAGUGAUGAUUUUUGAUUCCCAAGAAGAUCUGGGAUUACUUAUUCCCAUCAUCGACUUUGCUUCUACAACAGCAGCAGCUAUGUCCAAGGCAUGUACAGGAUUAUCAACAACUGCAGGAGGAGAAAAACAAACUCUAAAAGAUCGAGUUGGUGAUUAUCAAUCUGUAUUAUAAGACGUGGUGGUGUCUGUAUUGUUGUCUUGUUGGGUGCAUGAUUCAAAUGCGAACAUCUGGAGCCCGCUGCUGUUACUGUGUUGCGCACGGCAACGGUUUUCAUCUCCAUAUUUUAAUUUUAUAUAAACACAUCAUUUCCUCACAUAUUAAGAGACUCUGCAUCACUGACAUGCUGUGUGGUUCCAAACAUUUUGUGAUGUUUGCACUCUGACUGGUAAUGCAAAAUUUUGUGAUCUGCAACCUCAUGUAACACGAGCUAAAUCGAAUGCACUUCAGUGGGUUCUUGUGUAUUGUGAUAUAGGAUUUGCUAAUUCUUACUUGUAAGGCGUCUUUCUCUACAGUAUUAUGUUGUAUUUUGUAUCAGAAGGUAUUAAAUGUGUUUUUUUCUUCUUUAUGUACUCUCUAAAGUGUCACUCUGAGCUUGUUGCUGGUUGGCUGGCUCUGUUUUAGUAAGCUAUUUUCAUAACGCUACACCAGAUAUAUGAAAAAAAGUGUAUUAGGUCUGAUUGAAGCAUAAACGUGUGUAUGUGCAGAUUCGACAGGAACACUGUCCUUUAUUUUAUUUCUUCUGUGAGGAUAGGAGUGUGAUGUGAUUCUCAAAAAUCUGCCAAGAGUGAACGUGAUACUAUUUUACUGUUUUUAAAAAAGCUCUUCUUAUGUUUCCUUUUAUAAGUGUUUUACAUGUAUGCUUUUUCAAUCUCCCUUGAAUAUCAUUUGUGCAACCUGUCAGGGUACUUAUUCUGGAGGUCUUUGUGUAAAGAGAAUUCUAUUUUUUUCUUGAAAUAAACAGACUAAAUCAGUCUUAAAAUCUAAGGUUUUGUUUGAUCUGAUGCGCAAAACAAGCAAUAAAAUGACACCGGAGUAUCAAGAAA